CUCAUUUUUUUUUUAUUUUUAUUUUUUUUAUUUUCUACUAUAUUCUUACAUUUACUUCUAUACAUUAAAUAUGGUUAAAUUUUACCAACAUUUAUUUAAAUAUGAUUAUCCUUGGCAAAAUGUAACUCUUGCUUUCUGGUUAAGAUAUCCUAAUCCAUUUGCUUCACAUGUCCUUGCUGUAGAUGUUUUGGAUCGUUAUGUGGAUGAGAAUGGGGUUUUAAAAACAACAAGACUUGUGUUGAAGAAAGGAAAGGCACCUAAAUGGUUUCCUGAUCAUUUUCUUAAAAACUCGGAAGCAUUUAUUAUUGAAGAAUCAGAAGUUGAUCCGAAAAAUAAAACAAUGGUUACUCGUACAAAAAACUUGAAUCAUGUUCGUAUAAUGCAAAUUGUUGAAACACAAACUUUUAAACAAGACGAACAAAAUCCAGAAUGGACUUCAUGCAAAACUGAAGCUCGUAUUAUCUCCAAAUUUGGUUGGGGAAUGACUGGUCGUAUUGAAGGAUUUGGUCAAAGUAGCUUCAUAGCUAAUGCAGCAAAGGCUCGUAAAGGAAUGCAACAUAUAUUACAAAUGAUUCGUGAAAAGCAAUCCUCAAACCGUGUUCCUUUCUUAAAUUCUGCCUAAGUUAUAUAUCUAUAUUUAUGACCAUUUUCCUUUUAUCAACUGUUUAGUAGCACUAUAUCAUGCCCCUUUUAAAUUAACUCCUCUCUUUUUUUCUUGAAACACGCCAUAUAUUUUAAAUUCUCGAAAAUUCUUUAUAGGUAUUUUACAAGGACCCUAUUAUUGAAUCUAUUGUAUAUAAUGUCCUUCUUUAUACAAAAUGUAAUAAUAAUAAAAAGAAUGUGUUAUGCUUAUUA